AUGGCAUUUCCUGCUUCGUCUCCAGACAUCUCCGGUCGAGGUGCACAGUUAAAAGACGCCAGACCAGAGUCGCGCCACAGUGUUAUGAUACAGUCUGGAGAAACUGACGAUGUCGAAGUCGCCCCGGAAAUAGAAUCGCAGACCAAGCCUGCGGUAAAACCAUGGGCUCAUUUGUUUGCUGGAGGUGUUGGUGGCAUGACUGCUGCAACCUUGACUUCUCCACUCGACGUCUUGAAGACGCGGCUUCAGUCCGAUUUCUAUCAGGCCCAACUUCGGUCUCUCCGCGCAUCUCACCCAUUGCCACAAUCGCAUUCCAUCCUAUCUCUCUCCCGUAGUGCCAUGGUGCAUUUUUCAGAGACUAUUCAGAUCCUUCGUUCGAUACAUGUACAUGAGGGAUGGCGAGCACUGUUUAAAGGUCUAGGACCGAAUCUAACUGGCGUUGUACCAGCACGGGCGAUUAAUUUUUACGUCUAUGGCAAUGGAAAGCGGAUAUUAAACGAUUAUUUUGGCUACAUUCCAGCAGAGACUCCAGCAAGCAUCCAUCUCGCAGCAGCAGCAAUGGCUGGCAUUGCGACCGGAACCGCAACCAACCCAAUCUGGCUUGUAAAAACUAGAUUACAAUUAGACAAGUCGAAUGCCUCCAAUAUCCCAGGUCGCGGGCGACAAUAUAAGAAUAGUUGGGAUUGUAUUCAGCAAACAGUACGACACGAAGGCAUUCGUGGGCUCUAUCGUGGUUUGACGGCAUCAUAUCUAGGCGUGACAGAAAGCGCGCUUCAAUGGGUGAUGUAUGAGGAAAUGAAACGCGUCCUUGCGCGACGUGAAGCCAAACGGCUGGCUGAUCCAAACCACGUACCAAAUUGGACGGAUUUCGCUGAAGAGUGGGGAGGCAAGCUCACAGCGGCAGGGUCCGCUAAGUUGUUCGCCGCUACAGUUACAUAUCCUCACGAAGUUGUCCGGACCAGGUUGCGUCAAGCGCCCACAGUUCAGGUCACUGGUGGGAAGGCAGAAAUGAAGUAUACCGGGCUCAUACAGUGCUUCCGGCUGGUCUGGAAGGAAGAAGGCAUGGCUGGGCUGUACGGCGGCCUUACGCCGCAUCUUCUCCGAGUUGUGCCUAGUGCGGCUAUCAUGUUUGGAAUGUAA